AUGCCCUCCACAAACCCGCCACAGUCCGAGAAUCUUACCACCACGCGGACUAACUGUGUGGCUGACAAGACACCAACAGUUGAUGAAGGUGCGGCGGGUACCUCUGUGACACCACCACCUGAGGUACCGAUAUCUACGACUGUGUCUCCACCAUCGGCGACCGUGCCUCCACCAGGGCCGUCUACUGAUGCCAACGGAUAUGUACCGAUCAACAAGCCGAACAUUUCCUACGUCUACACAUCACGAAAAAACAAGGCCCCUAUGGUGCCGCCAAGUCCCUCGACGAAACCAGUUUCUCCUACAGGGGCGUCGGCUUCUGGCGGGGAGGAUGGGGGUGCCCCCGCACAGUCUUUUCAAACUUCUCCAGCCCCUGAGAAGGUCAACCCUAGCCACGAGGAGCCAGUAUCUUCUUCUCCUUCAGCAUCAAGCACGACUCUGGCUGCCGCGUGGCCUCAAUCGGCAGAAAGCAUUCGUCGCGCUGCGGCCCGCACAGAAGACUCCAACAUUGCCAGUCUGGAGAUCGAGGAAAUCCCCCGCACCAGCUCCGAGACUGAUGAUGAAGAUUUGAAGAAGGUGAAGGAGUUGCACACACAAUUUGAGGAGCUGAAUGCACAAGUUGCAAAGUACAAUGAGUGUGUCCUCCAGCGCUCGAUCCAGAAGACUGAGAUUCUACGCAGAGCAACCACCAGCGUCGCCAGGGCCGAACAAGCUGAAUCAAAGCUUGCAAAGAUUGGAUCUUUUGAGGCAGAGGUGACUAACUAUCGGAGGCGUGAUGAGGAAACCAUCCGUCAGCUCGAGACAGAGAAGAACAUGCGCAAAGAAGGGGAUGAGCAAUUGGUUAAGACCAGGAGCAUCCUGAGCAACAAGCAGCAGCAAUUUGAGGCGCUACAAAAGGAAUUUGAAGCGCUGCAGAGCACCCUGCGCAACAAGCAGCAGCAAUUUGAAGCACUGCAAAAGGAAUUUGAAGCACUGCAAAAGGAAUUUGAAGCGCUGCAGAGCACCCUGCGUAACAAGUAG